AUGACAUCAUGGAAACUACCAAGGUUGACAGAGGUAAGGGGAAGGACAUGGAACCUUCUAGCUGGAUCCAAGAAGCCAACACCUCCGGUCAAGGGCCAUGAGCUGUUGCUAGUUCGGCCAUUACACCGCCAAAGGGAGAAGUGGACUCUUAAUGAGCUCAUUUCAUUUUGUGUUCAAGAGGAAGAAAGAUUGAAGCAAGAAAAGACUGAAAGUGCUCAUUUGGCAAGCACCUCUAAGGAUAAGGGCAAGAAAAGAAAGAAUGAGGCUGCUAAGGAUAAAGGUCCUGCACAUAAGAAACAAACUCAAACCAACAGUGAUGAUGGUUGUUUCUUUUGCAACAUGAAAGGACACAUGAAGAAGGAAUGUGCUAAGUAUAUUGCAUGGCGAGCAAAGAAAGGGUUGCCUGAGUUACCGAAAGCCAAAUGAUGCUGAAAGAAGCAUUUAUGUGGGAGAUGGCAAGUCGGUAAAUGUGGAAGCAAUAGGGCAUUUUAGGUUGUUGUUAAGUACUGGUUACUAUUUGGACUUAAUAGAUACUUUUGUUGUACCGUCUUUUAGACGGAAUUUGGUUUCUGUUUCUUGUUUGGACAAAUUGGGUUAUUGUUGUUCAUUUGGAAACAAUUGCUUUAGUUUAUCUAUUAA